AUGGCUGACUUUGCUUCCAGUUUCCAAUCUCAAAUGAAACAAUUUGACCAAGACUAUGCUCAAAACUCUUUUUGGAAAGCUCUUGAGCAGAAGACUAACUUACCGAAAUCUUACAUGGCCUUUGGUUCCACUUUAGGUUAUUUAUUAUUAAUCUUCAUUAACGUCGGUGGUGUUGGUGAAAUUUUAUCUAACUUUGCUGGGUUUGUCAUUCCAACUUACUUUUCAUUGAUUGCUUUGAAGACUGCUUCCACAGAUGAUGACACUCAACUUUUAACAUAUUGGAUUGUUUUCGCUUUCUUAAACGUUAUUGAAUUCUGGUCUAAGGCUAUUUUAUAUUUAAUUCCAUUUUACUGGUUUGCUAAAACAAUUUUCUUAAUUUACAUUGCUUUACCAAAGACUGGGGGCGCUCUUUUUGUUUAUAAGAAGUUUAUUGACCCAUUAACUGCUAAGUAUAUCAAGGCUCCAAUGGCUCCAACAGACAACAAUGUUAACUCCGCUAUAAAUAAUGCUACUUCGAAAAUGGCUUCUGCAAGAGCUUCAGGUGCUAAUGCCCAUCGCGAAUAG